AUGCAGGCCUUGGAACUCCCAGCAUACAUCCUUUCAGCGCUCACCUCCAUUGGCGGCAUCACCGGCUACGUGCGCACAGGCAGCGUGCCUAGCAUCACCGCAGGCCUGACGGUCGGAAUCCUGUACGGUCUCGGCGGCUUCCGCAUCUCGAGAAAACAGCCAUACGGCGUCGAGCUCGCGCUGCUGGCCUCGGUGGUGCUUGCGGGCAGCAGCAUCCCGCGCGCCAUCAGGACGGGCAAGCCCCUCCCCGCAGGCCUCGGCGUGUUGGCGGCCACGGGCCUCGUCAUUUACGGCAGGGCUUUUUUGGCAAAGUAG